CUAAAUUUUUAUUUUUAUUUUUUUCAAAGUCACUGAGGAUGACUGGUGGCGAAGUCAGAUUAAACUUAUACACGUUGUAAAUAUUUCUGUAAAUGUCUGUGAAAAAUCAAUAGUAAUCAAACCAUAGUAAUGGUAUUAGCCUAAAUUGUUUUGUUAAAAUCCUUACUUGAAGGUACACACAUUCGCACGCAGAAGACAAUUACUGCGCAUUCAAUACAGGAAAUAACGAAAGCAGCAAUAUGAAACAAUAUCUUCUGCUCAGUGGUAUCGCAUUGUUCUUCAACAUUUUGGUCGUUGGGGCUGUUCUUUCACCGACUGUUCACAUCGAUCAAGGCACAUUGACGGGAACAGUUGAAAAGACUGCAAACGGAAGGAACAUCAAUGCGUUUUUAGGGAUUCCAUAUGCACGGCCCCCUGUGGGAAAGUAUAGGUUUGCGCCACCACAGCCGCCUAAACCAUGGCGUGGAAAAUGGAACGCAUCUACUUUGCCUCCGAUGUGCUUGCAAUACGAUCACAUGAACUAUUUGAACGACAAACGAUUUGCCGGGGAUGAAGAUUGCCUUUACGUUAAUGUCUACACACCGCUCCUUCCAAGUGGGAAUAGCCCCCUUCUUGACGUUUUUGUUUACAUUCAUGGCGGCGCCUUUCAGUCCGGAGCUGGGUUUUUGUACACGCCACGAUACCUCCUCGAUCAAGAUGUCGUCUUUGUCACGCUGAACUAUCGACUGGGACCACUUGGGUUCUUGACAACGGAGGAUGAGGUCGUUCCUGGAAAUAAUGGACUUAAAGAUCAGGUGAUGGCUUUAAAAUGGAUCCAGCAAAAUAUCGCAGCUUUCAAUGGGAAUCCAGCCAGCGUCACGAUUUCUGGGAUGUCUGCCGGAGGUGCCAGCGUGCAGUAUCAUUAUCUGUCACCCAUGUCUCAAGGUUUGUUCCAUCGAGGGAUCUCAAUGAGCGGAUCAUCUUUGACACCGUUCGCCCUGGUGGAAAAUGGUCGCGAGAAAGCGGACCGACUUGCCGCAACCCUCGGGUGCCCUACAUUCUCGUCUAGAGAUUUGGUCGACUGCUUGCGAUACCGCCCUGCUCUCCAAAUAGUUAAACUUCUCGCAACGCCCUUGUUCAUGCCGUAUCACUAUAACCCAUAUUCUCCCUUCGGCCCAACUGUAGAGAUGGCAGGAACCGAACCAUUCCUUUCGCAAAGUCCUUUCGAGCUCCUGAAAUCAGGUCAAGUGAAGGACAUUCCAUGGUUAGCCAGUGUUACGUCAGAGGAAGGGUUGUAUCCUACAUCAAAUUUCGUGGCAAAUGCUACGAUAUUGUCUGAGAUCGAAGAGAGAUGGGAUGAGUUGGCUCCACAUUUACUAGAUUACAAUUAUACCAUCCCGCAGGAGAAAAAGAUAGAAAUUGGAAGAGCAAUCAAGGACUUUUACCUCCAAGGAAAACCCGUCUCUCCUGACACGACCAGUGAGCUAACCCAGAUGUUCGGAGAUAGACUAUACGUGGUACACGUUGAGCGCGCAGCUCGACUACAAGCGAAAUCUAAUACAGCUCCUGUGUAUUUUUACCGUUUUACAUACCGUGGAAAGCACAGUUACUCAGAGAUGAUGAGCUGGGGCUCCACAGAGAAUUUCGGAGUGAGCCAUGGGGAUGAUACCGCCUACGUGUUAGGGACAUUCUACGGCAAUCCCGAGGAAACACCACAGGAUAAGGCCAUGACUCGCUUGAUGUUGAACAUGUGGCUGACUUUUGCUAAAACGGGCAAACCUGUGGUGAGCCAUAAUGUGCAGUGGGCACCAGUCAAACCCGAGGGUGACUUGGAUUACUUGGAAAUCAAUUCUAGCGAGGAUUUGGUGCCGAAAACAAGCUCUGAUUUGGGCUAUCGGCGGUUUUGGGAUAGAUUGCCCUUCAACGAGCCAGUUGAACCAGUUCCUAUGAAAGAUGAGCUCUAAAGAUGUCCUCGGGGCUAAUGUUGAAGAUACCAGUGAUUUUUUAAAAAUAAAAAUUCUUUAGAUUUGA